AUGGGGGAGUGGGAGGACGCGGAGCGCGACCUGCUGGACGCGCUGGGCAAGAACGCGCAGGACCCCGACACCCUGGCCAACCUCAUCGCCGUGGGGCUGCACCUGGGCAAGCCCACCGCGCGCUACGCCGCGCAGCUGCGCACGCUCGCGCCGCGCCACCCGGCGGCGCAGCGGUACGAGGCGGGGGAGGAGCUGUUCGCGCGCGCGGCGGCGGCGGCGGUGUCGUAG